UCAAUGUAAUUAUAGUACAUACAAGGCAAGGCAGCUCUAGUUUCGCCUACAGUGCAGUACAGUGUUAUCAACACAGACCAGGUUUCCAUGGAGCAGUUUGCACAUGCACACAAUGUCCCAGAACUGAAGACAGAUACAUACACCGACUAUCGCUGUCUAAUGUGUCGGUGUGCUAUGUGUAAGUAGAUCACCAGCAACUUAACCAACCUGGUCCACCGAUAUGAAGCCCAUCACUGGGUUUCUCAUCGCUCUAACUGUGGCGUACACAACAAGCCACAACAUGACAUGUCGGAUAUACCUUGACCCUGGAUUAGGUGGUAGCCGAGCUGACUGUCGCGGCCUCCACCUUACCAAGGUUCCUGGUGAUCUUCCCUCCAACACCGUCAGCCUGGACCUCAGCGACAACCACGUAACAGUUCUGAUGAGCAGGGCGUUCGUCCACAUCCCGCGGCUGUUGACUCUAGUCAUUUCGCAUAGUCGUGUUUCGCGGUUAGAACCACGUGCAUUCGAAGGCUUGACAAACCUCCGCAGUUUGAACCUAAAUUACAACCACCUCCAACUUGACAAUGACACCUAUCCGCAAGACAUAUUCCGUCCUCUAGAACGUCUUACCGACUUGAACCUCGGCUACAACAGCUGCCGGUUGAGAGGAACUACCCCUCAUUGGAUAUUUAAGUGGUUAACCAAUUUGGAAACGCUAAAAAUUGACACAUUUGAAGAUGACAUAUUUGGAAGUGGAUUUGGGUAUUUAAAAAACCUGACAACACUGAAUAUUGGCACUGGAGAUAAAGAUGAAUGUACAUAUUGUGCCAUAGAUGUUAUUCAUAACCACACCUUUUCAGCUUUUGAAAAUUCCACACUCAAAGUCUUGAUCGCAUCAGAUUGUCACUUACAUUCUGUUGAGGCUGGAGCUUUCAGUCCUUUAAAAUCGAUUUCUAAGAUAGUUUUCGACUCAGUGAAGUAUCUACCAUCGAGUAUUGCACUACGUGCAUUCUAUGGUCUGACAGGUAAACAUGUGUCUAAAGUGUUACUGCCAUCAUCGUACACUUCUGUCUACUCACUACAGGACCUAACAGGUCAACUUAUCUCUAACGGCAUUCUCAGUAAACUAACGGACAUUUGUAUCGACCAUAUCGAUCUCAGCUCAAACACAAUUAUAUACAUAGAUUAUAAUUUCCUGAAAGUAUUUUCAAAAUGUUUGAAAUUUCUUGACAUUUCUAACAACAAGCUGCUUGGUAAUCAAAUGCUGUUCCUCCAAAUGCGAAUGUGUGAACAAUUACAACACCUUGAUGUGUCACAUCAGCAGAAAUAUAACAAACAUGAGAAUACACACACACUGGUACACAGAUUUCUCACUGCAAACCUCCACUCUGAAGGUUACCAUAGAGAAGACACGUCAAACUUUAGUUGGAAUAAAGUACUUCCUUUAAAUGAAGUGACUGUCUAUUUCCCUCCUAAUCUCCGUAUUUGUAAUCUAAGCGAGAUGGCGGGUCGAUUUGGACGAUUUUUCAUAACACAGGUCGUUGGCGCAUCACAUUUGAAACUUCUGAAUUUAGCUAACAAUGGUAUGUGGGGUUUAUGGAAAACUAUUGGAGGCUUAACAGCUCUACAAUACUUAGAUCUAUCUGGUAAUGAAGGUCAUGGGAUGACAAAGGACUUCAUACAGUCUUUUCCAAACCUGACCUAUCUAUCUUUGAACAACAUGGGUUUGGAUAAGAACACACUUCUGGAGGGGGAACCAGUACUUGAAGGUUUGAAGACAAUCAAUGGUUUACGUCACUUCGAGAUUGUAGGAAAUCACAUUCAGUGGAUGGACAUGCGGUAUUUAACGACAUUGACUGUUCUAAAUAUCUCCAGAAACAGUCUCGUGUCUAUACCGUUUAAGCAAAAUGACUUGCCUUUCCUCAGCGUUCUCGACCUGUCUCUAAACGCUAUAACCUACUUCGAUGAUGACACCAUGGAGAUGUUGGAGAUUCUAGGACAGAGGAACAAGCUUAUCCUGAAGUUGGAUGGGAACCCUCUCUCCUGUUCGUGUCAGUCGCUCAUGUUUAUUCAGUGGAUGUUUACGUCGUCAGUUACCUUCGACAGGAAUGCGACUUACUCAUGUGUGACAGAGUAUGCUGUAUUUACAACAACGCACAGAGUGUAUCAAGACUUUAACUAUCACUGGACGUCGUGUCAAGGCCGAUUUUGGCUGCCCGUAUCCAUCUCUCUGAUGUUCUUAAUAGCUCUUCUUCUUGUGUCAGCAGUACUGGUGUCAUCAAACUGGACAAAGAUUGAAAAUUUUAUUUUGGUCCUCAUGGGUCGAGGGGUCCAAAGAGUGUCGAGACAGGAUUUCAGAAAGGAUGCAUAUGUAGCUCAUUCAGAUCAGGAAAUUCAGUUUGUCAUGGACGCGCUACGUAGGGCACUGGAGGACACCCACGGACUGAGGCUAAUUCUCCCAGAAAGAGAUUUCCUUCUGGGCGGAUUCGUUGCUGACCAUGUUGUAGAGAGUAUCAACAAAAGCUGGAAGACAAUACUGGUUGUGUCAGAUGAUUUUCUGGAUGAUCCCUGGUCCUACUUUAUCAUGAAGUCGACAACAUAUUACGUCUCCAAUAUGAAUCCUAACCGGCUGAUCUUGAUGGUGCUGGGGGACGUGAACCGUGGUCAGCUGCCAGACCUGCUCCUCAGUGUCACCGCGGAGGAAGACAUCAUACAGAUGGACGAUCUCCCGGACCACAACGACAAGGUGUGGCUUACUGUCAGGGACAGAAUCCUGGCUCCAGCAUAAAGCUUCAUAUUUCAAUCCUGUCUUCAUUAACAUCACACAUUUCAUUAGACACGUGAAGAUUCAUGUGAGAUUUACCGAUUGCUUCAUGUUUGUAUCAUGUUAUACCGCAGAGUAUUUCAUUGUAGAGCCGUGUUGCACUUGUAUUACAUAGUUUCUGCUGAGAUGGCUGUGGUGUGCUGGUUAUGUGUAAACUGUUUGCUGGCUUCACGCUUAGUUAUCUCACGGUCUAAUUUCCGGUUAACUGUUCAGUUAACUGAACUGUUCAGUUAACAAGAAGAUGGAUAAACAUUGU